CCCGCGGGCGGUGCCUCAGCCGGGGUUGGCGCUGAGGGGAGAGGGCGGGGAAAAGGUGGCGAAUUGAGGGGAAAGUGGGAGGGGCGGGAAAGGGGCGGUCGGAACAUGGCGGACCAGAUCCCGCUUUACCCGGUGCGUAGCGCAGCGGCGGCCGCAGCCAACCGCAAACGCGCGGCCUACUACAGCGCCGCGGGGCCCAGACCGGGAGCCGACCGGCACAGCAGGUACCAGCUGGAGGAUGAGUCUGCACAUUUGGAUGAAAUGCCACUAAUGAUGUCUGAAGAAGGCUUUGAGAAUGAGGAAAGUGAUUACCACACCUUACCACGAGCCAGGAUAAUGCAAAGGAAAAGAGGACUGGAGUGGUUUGUCUGUGAUGGCUGGAAGUUCCUCUGUACCAGUUGCUGUGGUUGGCUGAUAAAUAUUUGUCGAAGAAAGAAAGAACUGAAAGCUCGCACAGUAUGGCUUGGAUGUCCUGAAAAGUGUGAAGAAAAACAUCCCAGGAAUUCUAUAAAAAAUCAAAAAUACAAUGUGUUUACCUUUAUACCUGGGGUUUUGUAUGAACAAUUCAAGUUUUUCUUGAAUCUCUAUUUUCUGGUAAUAUCCUGCUCACAGUUUGUACCAGCAUUGAAAAUAGGCUAUCUCUACACCUACUGGGCUCCUCUGGGAUUUGUCUUGGCUGUUACUAUGACACGGGAAGCAAUUGAUGAAUUUCGGCGUUUUCAGCGUGACAAGGAAGUGAAUUCACAACUAUAUAGCAAGCUUACAGUAAGAGGUAAAGUGCAAGUUAAGAGUUCAGACAUACAAGUUGGAGACCUCAUCAUAGUGGAAAAGAAUCAAAGAAUUCCAUCGGACAUGGUGUUUCUUAGGACUUCAGAAAAAGCAGGUUCGUGUUUUAUUCGAACUGAUCAACUAGAUGGUGAAACUGACUGGAAGCUGAAGGUGGCAGUGAGCUGCACGCAACGGCUGCCGGCUCUGGGGGACCUUUUUUCUAUCAGUGCUUAUGUUUAUGCUCAGAAACCACAAAUGGACAUUCACAGUUUCGAAGGCACAUUUACCAGGGAAGACAGUGACCCGCCCAUUCAUGAAAGUCUCAGCAUAGAAAAUACAUUGUGGGCAAGCACCAUUGUUGCAUCAGGUACUGUAAUAGGUGUUGUCAUUUAUACCGGAAAAGAGACUCGAAGUGUAAUGAACACAUCCAAUCCAAAAAAUAAGGUUGGUUUGUUGGACCUUGAACUCAAUCGGCUGACGAAAGCGCUAUUUUUGGCUUUAGUUGCUCUUUCCAUUGUUAUGGUAACCUUACAAGGAUUUGUGGGUCCAUGGUACCGCAGUCUUUUUCGGUUCCUUCUCCUCUUUUCUUACAUCAUUCCCAUAAGUUUGCGUGUGAACUUGGACAUGGGCAAAGCGGUGUAUGGAUGGAUGAUGAUGAAAGAUGAGAACAUCCCUGGCACGGUCGUUCGGACCAGCACUAUCCCAGAGGAACUUGGGCGCCUGGUGUAUUUACUGACAGACAAAACAGGAACCCUCACCCAGAAUGAAAUGAUAUUUAAGCGGCUGCAUCUGGGCACCGUGUCCUAUGGCGCCGACAUGAUGGAUGAGAUCCAGAGCCAUGUCAGGGACUCCUACUCACAGAUGCAGUCUCAAGCUGGUGGAAACAAUACUGGUUCAACUCCACUAAGAAAAGCCCAAUCUUCAGCUCCCAAAGUUAGGAAAAGUGUCAGUAGUCGAAUCCAUGAAGCCGUGAAAGCCAUCGUGCUGUGUCACAACGUGACCCCCGUGUAUGAGUCUCGGGCCGGCGUUACUGGGGAGACUGAGUUCGCAGAGGCUGACCAAGACUUCAGUGAUGAGAAUCGCACCUACCAGGCUUCCAGCCCGGAUGAGGUCGCUCUGGUGCAGUGGACAGAGAGUGUGGGCCUCACGCUGGUCAGCAGGGACCUCACCUCCAUGCAGCUGAAGACCCCCAGCGGCCAGGUCCUCAGCUUCUGCAUUCUGCAGCUGUUUCCCUUCACCUCCGAGAGCAAGCGGAUGGGCGUCAUCGUCAGGGAUGAAUCCACGGCAGAAAUCACAUUCUACAUGAAGGGCGCUGACGUGGCCAUGUCUCCUAUCGUGCAGUAUAAUGACUGGCUGGAAGAGGAGUGCGGAAACAUGGCUCGCGAAGGACUGCGGACCCUCGUGGUUGCAAAGAAGGCAUUGACAGAGGAGCAGUACCAGGACUUUGAGAGCCGAUACACUCAAGCCAAGCUGAGCAUGCAUGACAGGUCCCUCAAGGUGGCCGCGGUAGUCGAGAGCCUGGAGAGGGAGAUGGAACUGCUGUGCCUCACCGGCGUGGAGGACCAGCUGCAGGCAGACGUGCGGCCCACGCUGGAGAUGCUGCGCAACGCCGGGAUCAAGAUAUGGAUGCUAACAGGCGAUAAACUCGAGACAGCUACCUGCAUUGCCAAAAGUUCACAUCUGGUGUCUAGAACACAAGAUAUUCAUAUUUUCAGACAGGUAACCAGUCGGGGAGAGGCACAUUUGGAGCUGAAUGCAUUUCGAAGGAAGCAUGAUUGUGCACUAGUCAUAUCUGGGGACUCUCUGGAGGUUUGUCUAAAGUACUACGAGCAUGAAUUUGUGGAGCUGGCCUGCCAGUGCCCUGCCGUGGUUUGCUGCCGCUGCUCGCCCACCCAGAAGGCCUGCAUUGUGACACUGCUGCAGCAGCACACAGGGAGACGCACCUGCGCCAUCGGUGAUGGAGGAAAUGAUGUCAGCAUGAUUCAGGCAGCAGACUGUGGGAUUGGGAUUGAGGGAAAGGAGGGGAAACAGGCCUCGCUGGCGGCCGACUUCUCCAUCACGCAGUUCCGGCACAUUGGCAGGCUGCUCAUGGUGCACGGGCGGAACAGCUACAAGAGGUCGGCGGCACUCGGCCAGUUCGUCAUGCACAGGGGCCUUAUCAUCUCCACCAUGCAGGCUGUGUUUUCCUCAGUCUUCUACUUCGCAUCCGUCCCUUUGUAUCAGGGCUUCCUCAUGGUGGGGUAUGCCACCAUAUACACCAUGUUCCCAGUGUUCUCCUUAGUGCUGGACCAGGACGUGAAGCCGGAGAUGGCGAUGCUGUACCCGGAGCUGUACAAGGACCUCACCAAGAGGAGGGAACUGAGGCACAGAGAUUAAGUCCUGAGCCCAAGGACGCAGAAGAAAGGCGUGUGCUAGGCAGGACUCCACUCCAGGCAUGGGGACAUCAGUCAGAGUGACAGACAUCUUCAUCUCUUCCUAAACCAAAUGAAGACGUACCUGGCCCAGGAAGAGUGGCUUCUUCCAUAACAUGAAACCCAUAGUGAAUGAAUUGCUUCUAUGAGUAACGUGUCUGUACCAUCAAAUAUAACAGGAUUUUGUUCUCAGAGCUACAGUCUGGGAGCCAUUAAUAGGAGGUGUACGGAUAUUUUUCUCAAAUUAUCUAUUUUAUUGAUGUUUUUUGUACCCGUUCUGUUGUGUUUGCUUUUAUUAAUCUAUAAUAUCAUCUGCUUCAAUAUGGAACACCCCACAGGUACAGGUCUGAGGUGCUCCCUGUUGGCAGCUCCUAAAGAGAGGCAGCACAGACCACUUCAUCUUCCACAUAGACACCAAUCAUUGACCCACAUGAAUAAAACUGAAUACAUUUCAGCAAAUCAGGCCACAGAAUAAGCCUUUUCUUUCGUAUGUCAAAAUAAUUAAAUAUCCUUUUACAGUUUUUGAAUAAAAUGAGCCACAUACUUAAUUACAGAUGAAUUUCGUGACCAAAGACCAAACACCUACCAUUACCCAGGGAGAGAAAUGUCCUCGGGAAAUACGUACCAAGAGAACUUAUUUAGAGUAUAUAAAUGGUUUAACUUAAAAGUUUUCUGCUUUUUAAAAAUCAAUGGUGCUUGGCUGGGUGCGGUGGCUCACGCCUGUAAUCCCAGCACUUCGGGAGGCCGAGGUGGGCAGAUCAUGAGGUCAAGAGAUCGAGACCAUCCUGGCCAACAUGGUGAAACCCCCUCUCUACUAAAAAUGCAAAAAUUACCUGGGCAUGGUGGCAGGCGCCUAUAGUCCCAGCUACUUGGGAGGCUGAGGCAGGAGAAUUGCUUGAACCUGGGAGGCAGAAGUUGCAGUGAGCCAAGAUCGUGCCAUUGCACUCCAGCCUGGCGAAAGAGCAAGACUCCGUCUUAAAAAAAAAAAAAAAAAAAAAAAAGCAGUAGUCCUUCAUCACAGUGAAUUUGAAUCUUCCUUUUCAUAUUCACAUGUGUGAGGGCUCAAGCUCCGUCAGCAUCUUCACACACUGACUCUUGCAACCUAGGAAAACACUUAACAUAUGUCACCACACUUGUCUUUUAUAAUUAAACUACAACUAGAAUUAUAAUUCAUAAAUCUGCCACUGGUGGGGUCCUGCAGGAAUAUAGCCGCAUUUCCAGUGUCCGCGCCUCUGUUCUGUGAUGGCUCAUGCCUGUGUCUAAAGGUCUUCAGCAGACUCAGGCAGGUGCAGGUUCAGACGGGCCCUGAGCACAGCCUGUCACCAUCCUCCAUCUUCCCUGCUGUCUUCUGUGUCCCCUGAGCUUCCGUGAGGGUUUGUCUUUCCUCUGUGGCUCUUUAAACCACUUCCUGUCCUUAGGAGAAUCUCCCCCGUGGGUGGGGAAGCCCUAAAUCAGGGCAGGACUUUGGGCUCUGAUCAGCAGACUACACUUCUUAGCGCCACCAGCCUCCAGCGAGAACCUGAGGAAAUCACAGAACUUCUCGAGUUUCCUCGUCUGUAAAUGGAAAGGACGUCUGCUCUGUGUAACUGAGAAAAUAGAUGCAAAGGUGUCAAACGAAGGCCUCACAUAAAGACAGGGCCUCUCAACACGUGUCACUUUCGACAGCUCUUUAACACCAACAAGUCAGGGCGGUUGUUAAUGACUCAGCCUCUCUUCUUGGACUCUAAAUUAAUCUUCAGGGAUGCGGUGGGACAAGCAACCCCGUGGGCCAGAGCUCCCCUGCCUCCUGCCUCCUCGUCACCUGCCUCCUGCCCCCUCGUCACCUGCCUCCUGCCCCAUCACCUGCCUCCUGCCCCCUCGUCCCCUGCCUCCUGCCCCCUCGUCCCCUGCCUCCUGCCCCCUCGUCCCCUGCCUCCUGCCCCCUCGUCCCCUGCCUCCUGCCCCCUCGUCCCCUGCCUCCUGCCCCCUCAUCACCUGCCUUCAACUUCUCAGAGUGAAGGGCCUGGCGCAAGGACCCAUUCCAUGGGGUUAUGUAUGUGACACGUUCUCCAGCGAGGGUUUAAGGGAUAACUUUUUACUUCAGUUGAGAUGUGCCAUCCUUACUGAAGAACUGUUACGUUCUGUUAUCUUUUGAUCUGAAAAAACCAAACAGUAGAUAUAGAAGUAUUUGUUGACAAGAAAUAAGGGAAAAUGUUUUUAUUGCCAAGAGCCUUUCCCCCUGGUUCACUGAAAUGUUUGCUUGUAUACAUCACUACUGGCUUACUAGAGCCAACAAGACGGCAGGUCAAACAGAAGACAACAUGAACGUCUAACCUCAGGCACCAGUGGACACGUGUGGGACCCAGGCAGCUUCUUCAGGAUUCGGGUGUCAGAAAAAGGCGCCCAAAAUGCUGGUAGACCAGGUGGCUGGGGUGGCAUGGAUGGGGCUUGUGGACUCGGGUCUUUCAGAAGUGACCCGUAGCUCACUCCUGGAAGGCGUGUGAGUCAAGCAGGUGGUUCUGCGCACUAACGACGCUCUUCCACUGU